UAAUAUUUGAUGCCCCUCCAUACUUCAACAUUAAGAAAACUGAUGUAAGAAAAUGAAGUGCUAGAAUUUCUCUUUAAGCUAUUUCCAAGAUAUUACUUAGACCGUGAUGGUUUGGGUUUUAUCAGGGCAUCUCUGAUAAGAUUGUAGCAGUAAGUUACUGAUGAUUGUGGACUCAGUUUUAAGAUAUCACUGUGAAGGAAGCACUACUGUGAUAGCAGCUAAGAGUGGUGUUAAACUUAUUAAAAUGAGAAAAUUCAAGGACUAGAGCUGGAAAAAAUGUACUAGAAAUUUAUAAGAGUAUUGAAUGGUGACCAAAUACUAAGUUUUACAGCAGCAUGAUUUGGCUUUAAGAAAAUAUGGAAGCCUUACCAUCAUCUAUGAAUUGGAGGCAAAAUUUUGAAAAUUUGUCCAUAUUAAAUAUCUCACUACAUAACUGUCCAAGGAAAUAAGCAGUUAUAUUUGUCCAAAGUGAAAAAAUAAUAAAUUUUAUACAUUCAAGUCAUAUCCUCAAGAAAAUUAUUGUCAGACUUCAGGAUGGAGAAGAUAACACUGGAUGUCCAUGAAAGCAGCCUCUUCAUACGACGCAAGAAAGCAGCAGCUCAAGGGCAAGAAAGAAAUAGCAAUACUUCCCUGCAUCACAGCACUUCCCAGCCACAACACCACACCGCUUCUUCCCACCAUAAUGCUCCGCAAACUCUUUCCCAACAUGCUUCUCUCUCCCACUACAAGAAUCCCCAUCCAGUUCCCCAAGCUCAUCCUUACUCCUAUGUCACUCCUGAAAUGCAUCCUCAACCACAAAAUGCUUCCUUCCACUACAUCACUCCCCAGUCUCUUCCACAACAUGAUGUUCCAUCCUUUGACACUACUCAGCAACUCCCACAGCCUCACACUGCAUCUUCUCUACAUUCACCCUUCCAACACAGCUCUACUCUUCAUCAUCCUAAUUCUUCCCAGAAAAUUCCCAUCCAGAGAACAUCUUCAACAAACCCAAAUCCUAGUCAUUCCCCAUCUCGACCUCAGCACCUCCCAUUGAAGAACAUUGCUACUCCUUAUCCUUCACAUCCAUUUCCAUUGCAUGUGAAUGAGUCACCUUAUGGUGUUCCAUUGAGAAGCUCAGGACCUCAAGCAAGUUAUCCUGAUGAUUUUACUAGGAGAUUUCCUCCUAAUCCCAAGGGCACUCCACCCCCCAAACCCCCAAGGCAGAUGGACUUACGACCUGUGAAUCACACAGGGGAUGUACACUUGAGAAAGGAGGUAAAGGAUAAGUACCUUGCAAAUUUAGACUACGAUCUGGCUGUAAAUGAUAGCCCACCAGACUUCAGUCCCCCACCAAUUGAUGCUAGAAAGGAAGAUAACCUGCACAGUAUGUCCCUUGACGCCAUGUCCUGCACCCGUUGUGGGGACGGGUUUGAGCCACAGGAGAAGAUUGUCAACUCUAAUGGGCAGCUGUGGCACACUCAGUGCUUUGUGUGUGCCCAGUGCUUUCGGCCAUUCCCCGAUGACAUUUUUUAUGAGUUUGAGGGAAGGAAGUAUUGUGAGCAUGAUUUCCAAGUGCUCUUUGCUCCAUGCUGCAACAAGUGUAAUGAAUUUAUCAUUGGGCGAGUGAUCAAGGCAAUGAGCAGCAACUGGCACCCACAUUGUUUCACCUGUGAACUGUGUCACAAGGAGCUGGCUGAUCUGGGAUUCAUCCGCAAUGCUGGCCGAGCUCUGUGCCACGAGUGCAAUGCUCGUGUCAAAGCUGAGUCCCAGGGGAAGUACAUGUGUCAUAAAUGCCAUUCCACAAUUGAUGGACAGCCUUUGAGAUGGAGGGGCGACACCUUCCACCCUUACCACUUCAACUGUGCUUCUUGUGGGAUAGAAUUGACUGCUGAUGCCAGAGAAGUCAAGAGCCGUCCAGGAUAUACUGCCAAUGAAAUGAAUGAGUUAUACUGUCUGCGAUGCCAUGAUAAGAUGGGCAUCCCAAUCUGUGGUGCAUGUCGCCGUCCGAUUGAAGAGCGAGUUGUCACUGCCCUUGGGAAACAUUGGCAUGUGGAGCACUUUGUGUGUGCCAAGUGUGAGAAGCCGUUUAUGGGAAACCGCCACUAUGAACGCAAGGGUCUGGCAUACUGUGAGACCCACUACCAUGAGCUGUUUGGAAACCUGUGCUUUGUCUGCAAUACUGUUAUUUAUGGUGAUGUGGUGACAGCCCUCAACAAGGCAUGGUGUCAGCAUCACUUUGCCUGUGCCACUUGUGACAUCAAGAUGACCCAGAAGACCAAAUUCUUUGAGUUUGAUCAAAAGCCAAUCUGUAAGAAAUGCUAUGAGAAGUUCCCUCAGGAGUUGAAGAAAAGACUAAAAAAGCAGCAUGACAUCCAAGCCCGAGGAGGAAAGCCUCUCCCUUAACUUCUCACUAUUACCAAUACAGUUUGGUGUCUACACCACCACCACCACUAACACAACCAAUCAUUAGAGGAGUGGUAAACACCUUGUGAGAGACAGGUAUGCUCUCAUUCUCAUCUAAUUUUGUCUGUUUCAAUAUGCAUGGUUUAGAGAUAGAUAUUUGAGACCACUAGUUUCAUCAAGUUUUAUUAUUUUCUUGUCUUGUGUUAGUAGUAUAUCUGCCAGAUUUUUCCGAGUCCAAAGUGGAUCAUUAUGGGAGUAGAAAAGAUUUUAUAUGUAUUUAUUUAUUCAUUUGUUUAUUUUUUGCAAGUAGAGUUUUCCUUUAUCAUCUAAGUUAAUCUAUGCAUUUGGUAAUAUCUGAUUGGUUGAACUGUGAAGUAAUACGUCUUUCCAGUGUCCAUAUUUUUUUUGCUGUUGCUAUACUUCAUAUAUUCUAUCUCAUGUAAUGCCAAAUCAGUCAUUCUCUAUGAAUCUCCUGAGUGUAACCAUACUUGUUGGAAUUCAUGCAUUGUUUUGCAUGCACUUGUAAUUAAGUUAUACUAUGAAUUAUCCACAGAAAGGAUGACUCUGCACAAUGGUAUUGAAAUGUAAUUUUUUUUUUCCAUGAUGAGAAAGUUUAUUCUCAUUAUGAAAUACCCACUUCAUUGACGUAACCCAGAUGUUGUUGGCUAUGUAAUGUUGGUAUUUUUUUUAAUUCAUGAAUAUUGUGAAAGACAGUAUCAGGAAAUAUCAAAGAUUACCAAUAUAUUUAGAUAUUUAUGAAGACUACUUGGUCUCUGUCAUAGAUCUCCGUAACUGCAGCAUAGUUAAAAUUGAUCAUAAUACAUAUAGGCUUUCAUGAUCAUGGUCUGAUAGGUAAUGUGCCAGUCAUGAUAUUGUGAAAUCCCUAUCAAGGAUUUGAUGCCUACUCGUAGCUGCCACUGCUCUAUAUGGUAACUUUUAGACUUUUUUUUUUUUUUUCCAGAACACAGUACAUCACAUCCAGUAUCUUAAUUUAAAGUAGUAAUGUAAUAUCUACAUGAUGUUAUUUUCUUCCUAUUCAUUGUUUAACUAAUGUAGUUUUGUAAUUCACUCAUGAUUGGACUCACAACCACCAUCCAUUACUCUCUCUGUGUGAGCUCAGAGCUCACUGUUAUGAAUCAUUAGAUAAGAUUUUGACUUCACAUAAGACACACCCUAUCUUCAUAUGAAGUUAGGGAACAGUAACUGUCCUGCUUGUCAGUAGAAAAACUGAAAGUACUUAUAAUGAAAUCAUGAGUUUGCACAACUGAUCUUCAAAAAUGUUUAAGUAAAUGCUAUUGAUUUCCAUGGAAACAGUAUGUUAUAAGAAUUAUUGAUGGACCAUCCUAAAGAACAAAUAUACUUAAUGCCUUGAAAA